UAAUUUGCAUUUGAAGAGAAAGCGAGCGAUUGCGGAAAGGUUACCUGAAUUAUUUUAAUAGAUAAGCUUAUGGUGCCCAUGGGAAAAGAAUUUCAACGAACACAUUUACUCUUUAAAGAAUGAAUUUCCCCUCAGAAAGCGACCACGCGAAUGAAGUCGAUUUCUUUACAGGCAAAUGGAACGCGUAACUUUUCAUUCCCGGUUUGUUUACAUGACACACAACUGCUCUGAAAAGUAUGGCGGACGUCGACAUGGCGAAUUGUUCCCAACGAAAUGUCGUCUCCAGUCCAGGAUGUUCGAGCUCUGGGGCUGUUGUUGCCGAAAUGUUUGUACUGUCGAUGAUUUUUGUGGGAUCAGUGCUCGGAAAUGGGCUAAUUCUACUGGUCAUACAGAAAAGUCGGCGAAGCGAAUGGACGACCAAUUAUUUUGUUUUGAGUUUGGGCUUAUCGAACUUGACGGUACCCUUCAUGUGUGUUCUUUGGACCAUGAUCUGGAUCAUGCGUGGUUCUUGGCUGUUUGAUGGAACGUGUAAACUGACUGUUUUCUUCCACUUCUUAAACGCUGGUGUAUCUUCGGGGCUUCUGGCCUGUAUUUCACUGGAUCGUUUCUAUAUCAUUGUACAUCCGUUAAAAUUCAAAAUGAGCCGUUCUCAAACCAAAGAGCUUAUUAUUUUCGUUUGGAUCUUUAUGAUCUGUUCUUCGGCACCAACUUUGUAUUUUUUCACAUCAACGUCGCCAGACAAGGUGGAUAACGAACAUUUUUGCCGUCCCGACUUCACGGGAGUUGAAUGGAAGGUCUUCCUAAUGUUAUUUUUCUUUCUUGCGUUUUGUUCCCCUCUUAUCUUCACUGUUGUGAUGUACUUGCGAAUUGCUUUCACUAUUAUAACUCGAAAUCUUCACGCGAAGAGUACCUCUAAUAGUUUCAGAAGGAACGCGUUCCGCGUACCUCGUUCGAAAAUCAAAGUACUUCGUAUGCUGUUCCUUCAGUGGCUCGUAUUUAUUUGUUGUUGUCUUCCGUACUUUCUAAGCCUUGUUCUAUCUUCGUUGAACUCUAUUUUAAAGCCAUACGUGUACGUGUGUUUGUUACUACUGUCCUUUUCAAAUUCAACGUUAAACGUAGCGAUAUAUGCCCUUUUUAGUGGGGAUUUUCGCCAAGGAUGCAAAAGAGUGUUUUGUAAGCCCGAUGCAUCACAGGCAUACCGAUUGACUUCACUCGGGCGCAAACAUCGCAUUGCUCCUUUCGAAUUUAGCUCUGAUCACGGAGAGGGAAUGGAGUUACGGCUUCCAGAACACAAACCAGUAGAUAAAUACUCUCAAAGUAGACAAAAUCGUGGAGGUGCGAAUGGUCAUUUUAAUACUUUAGAAAAACAAAACCAAGCUUGGGCGGUAAGAAGUGUAAGCGAUCGACAAGGUAGCAUUUAGAAUACGCUUUAUUUAAUGACGCUAACUUGAUUUAGACCUUGGCUGGAAGGUUAUUUUAACGUAAUUUUGAUAUUAUUUCUCUCUUAAAAAUUGUCAGAAGGAUACAAAUAUGGAAGAAAAUGUAAUGUAAUCAAAGUGAUAAAAAUCUAACCUAAAAACCCUUUGAUGGGUACAAUUUUAAUGUGUAAAACAAUCUACUCUAAAUUUUGGAAUGCGAAAGUUGUAAGGGAACGUUAAGUUUAUAUUUAAAUCGUGAAUUGUAUAAUUUUUAUUUAAAAGUUCCCAAGAGGCAAGAAUAGCUUUUUGUUCAAAUUCUGUAAAAAUGAUAUCUGGUAAUGCAAACAAUGCCAGGUGAACAAAGACAAGUUAUUUAUGCACAGACAUUGGCUGGGUGUCUGAAGUUAAAAAAUAAUAUGCAUACACCAAGUAAGAGGACAGAAAAAAAAAUGUGAUUUCUAACUGACCACACAAUCCACUGUAAGAAAUGAUUUUAAAGCUGCAUUAUAAAACGGAUUAUUCUGUGAAAAGAUUAAUUGAAAUACAAAUGAAUACAGA